UGUCACGCUAGGAAGAGGAGAUUAUAGUCUGUGCUGUUGGAAAAACGUCUUGUUUGGGUGUAGUGGUUCACUAAGGGACCACGAAUUUCAAUUGUAAAGCUAUCCUUUUUUCCUGUUUUCAAGAGUGUUUAUAUCAUAAAACGUUUAACAGGUUAUAAACAUGUCUUUCCAGUACCCAGAAGCGUAUCGUGACGAAUCUGUAGUUGAUGAUUACCAUGGUGAUAAAAUACCUGAUCCUUAUUGUUGGUUGGAAGAUCCAGACAGUGAAAGAACAAAGGCUUUUGUGAAUGCCCAAAAUCAACUGACUGUGCCAUUUCUUGAAGGAUGUCCUGUCAGGAACUUGUUUAAAGACCGCAUGACAGAGCUUUAUGAUUAUCCCAAGUACAGCUGUCCAUUUAAAAGAGGAAACAGGUACUUUCAUUUCUACAACACUGGACUACAAAACCAGAGUGUCAUGUAUGUCCAGGAUUCCUUGGAUUCAGAGCCAAGAGUUUUUCUUGAUCCAAAUAAGUUUUCAGAAGAUGGCACAAUUGCUUUAAGAGGCUAUACAUUUACAGAAGAUGGAGAGUAUUUUGCAUAUGGCGUCAGUGCCAGUGGCUCUGACUGGGUGGAGAUCAAGUUCCUGCGUGUGGAUGGCCCUGUAGAGUUGGAGGACCGUCUGGAACGAGUGAAGUUCAGCUGCAUGUCCUGGACUCACGAUGGGAAAGGCUUAUUUUACAACUCUUACCCCAUUCAGGACGGGAAAAGUGAUGGUACAGAAACAUCCACUAACUUGCACCAGAAAUUGUAUUAUCAUGUUCUUGGCACACCUCAGUCGGAGGAUGUUCUCUGUGUAGAGUUUCCAGAAAAUCCAAAAUGGAUGGGUGGAGCUGAGGUGUCAGAUGAUGGACGGUAUGUCUUGCUGUCUAUCCAUGAAGGCUGUGACCCAGUGAACAGACUGUGGUACUGUGAUCUCCAAGAGGUCCCAGAGGGAAUAAAAGGAAUUUUGCCAUGGGUGAAGCUAAUUGACAACUUUGAUGCUGAAUAUGAAUACAUCACCAAUGAGGGCUCAGUUUUCACUUUUAAAACAAAUUUAAAUGCCCCAAGAUAUCGUAUUAUCAACAUCAACUUUGAUGACCCAGAUAUUACGAACUGGAAGGAGUUAAUUCCAGAACACGAAAAAGAUGUUAUUGUUUUUGCAUCCUGUGCACAUGAACAUUUUCUUUUUGUGUGCUUCCUCCAUGAUGUGAAGAAUGUGCUUACAAUGUACAGUCUGGAGACUGGAGAACACCUGAAGACAUUUCUUCUGGAUGUAGGCUCUGUGGUGGGGUUCACUGGGCGGAAAAAGGAUUCUGACAUUUUUUACUACUUCACCUCUUUUCUUUCACCAGCUAUCAUAUACCAUUGUGACCUAACUAAGGAUCCUUUGGAACCAACUGUGUUCAGAGAGGUUACAGUCAAGGGUUUUGAUCCUUCAGACUAUCAAACAACUCAGGUGUUCUACCCCAGCAAAGAUGGAACUCAGAUACCCAUGUUUAUUGUCCAUAAGAAGGGAAUUAAUAUGGAUAGUUCUCAUCCAGCACUCCUUUAUGGUUAUGGAGGAUUCAAUAUAUCCAUUACUCCCAGUUACAGUGUUUCAAGGCUUAUCUUUGUGAGACACCUGGGUGGGGUCUUAGCGAUUGCUAAUAUCAGAGGAGGUGGAGAAUAUGGAGAAACCUGGCACAAAGGUGGAAUGUUGGCGCAAAAACAAAACUGUUUUAAUGAUUUCCAAUGUGCUGCUGAAUACCUUGUGAAACAGGGCUACACAUCUUCUUCCAAACUAACCAUUAAUGGAGGCUCCAAUGGUGGCCUUUUAGUGGCUGCGUGUGUGAAUCAGCGACCCGACUUAUUUGGCUGUGCUGUUGCUCAGGUUGGAGUUAUGGAUAUGCUGAAGUUUCACAAGUUUACUAUAGGUCAUGCCUGGACCACUGAUUUUGGGUGUUCUGAGAUAAAAGAACAGUAUGAAUGGUUAAUCAAGUACUCCCCUCUCCAUAAUAUCAAGGUCCCAGAAGAAAAUGGAGUGCAGUACCCAGCUGUGCUGUUGCUCACUGCAGAUCACGAUGACAGAGUGGUGCCACUGCACUCCUUGAAAUACAUCGCUACCUUGCAGUACAUGGUCAGCCAGAAUCCCAAACAGACCAAUCCCUUGUUCAUUCAUGUAGAUACCAAAUCUGGGCAUGGUGCAGGAAAGCCAACCAGCAAGGUCAUACAGGAGGUGGCUGAUAUGUAUGCCUUCAUUUCUAGAUGUCUUGAUAUCCCGUGGAUUAAUAAAUAAGAACAUCAUAGCCCUCUUUUUCUCAAAAGAAGAAGAAUUAAGGGCUUUGAUAACAGAAGAAUGCAAAUUAAUCAUGGAUAUUACUUACAAUUUGUCACUUGAUUUCCUUUCACCAUGUGCACCAAAUUGUAGCCUGUAGUGAAAUAUCAUAUUUGUUUACCUUCUAGCAGAAUAUUAGUUAUAUUAAAGGUAGGUUUAAUUUAUAUUAUUUUGUUGAAACAAUUAGUUACCAAAUAAAAUACCUUUUUAUUGUUCAAGUGUUAUGAGCUUGUUAAUCAUUUAACACUAAUAAUGUUCAACCUUUUAUCAAGGCAUUUUAGGUCCAGGAAGUAUAUAAAAUAAAAUGUUUCAGACCUGGGUGGGACAGUUUUUGAAUAGCUUUUUGCUAUUUCCUGCGUUACAUUUUGUUAUUGGUUUCAAGCGUGCUAUACAGUGGAUUUGGUAUCAUUGUAGUGUCAAUACUUGUACUUUCCCUCAUUUGUCAUUUUUUGUGAGCCCUUUAUCAUAAGGUUUCUUCAAAGAUGGUAAAUAUAAUAAAUUAGACUGUUUUGUUUACUUUUCCUGUUGCAUAUAUAAGAAAGUCUCAGAGAAGGCAAUAAGAUGAGACUGGUUCAUUGUCUCGUGAUUCUUUUCAAAGCUCUCAAGAAUAUAUAGAGCCAUUACAUUUAGUCUAACUUUAAAAAAAUGCAUCCUGUACAUUUAAUAGAGUAUAUCCUAUGUUAUCAAAGUGUAUAAACUGUAAGUAAUAUUUAAAAAAACUAUCAAAGCCAUGAAAUAAACUUUUACAGGUUCCACCAGGUCCUAUUCAUUUCUGUGAGCUGAGUAAUUGUUGCUGGGCAUUCACAGGAGCUCGCAUUCUGUCAAUGCAAUUGCUACGUGAGGAAAUGUAUUCUUAAAAACUAUUAAAAGCAUGAUGUUUAAAAAAACAGUAUUUUCUUUUUUGUGUGAACCUGCUGUAUUGAUUUAUAUCCUUGCAGCCUGGUAUUUCUGUAGACUACAUUGUGUUUCUACCUCUAGAUAUAAGCUGUUUGUGUUUACCUCUAAGUAAAGAGAAAAUACAGUUCUUGUCAACAAUAAAUAGCAUUUGAACAAUUGA